AUGGGGCUGAAAAGUCCCAUGAUCAGCCAUCUGCAAACUGGAGAACCAGGAAAGCUGGUGGUAUUAUCAAUGACUGUGAAGACCUGCGAAUCAGGUGCUAAUGAUGAAGCCAUUCAAGAGGUCUAUGAGGCUGAGUUUGAAGGCCACUCAGCGGGCCCCAGCUGGCGGCAUCGAGCUGAGGGCCUGAGUUGUGAUUACACAGUCCUGUUUGGCAAAACCGAAGCAGACAAGAUUUUCCAGGAGCUGGAGCAAGAAGUGGAAUAUUUUACAGGUGCGCUGGCCAGGGUCCAGGUGUUCGGGAAGUGGCACAGUGUGCCCAGGAAGCAAGCCACCUAUGGCAACGCAGGGCUGACCUACGUGGUCUCGGGCCUCACUCUGUCUCCAAAGCCCUGGAUCCCAGUUCUAGAGCACAUCCGGGAUCGUGUUUCUGUGGUGACAGGAGAGACCUUCAACUUUGUGCUUGUCAACAGGUACAACGAUGGCCGUGACCACAUCGGGGAGCACAGAGAUGAUGAACGAGAACUGGCUCCUGGGAGCCCCAUAGUCUCCUUCGGGGCCUGCAGAGACUUCUUCUUCUGGCAUAAGGAUUCCCGGGGGGAAAAGCCCACCUGGAACGUAGAGGUGCUCCGGCUUCAGCUGGCGCACGGGAGUUUGCUCAUGAUGAACCACCCGACCAACACUCACUGGUACCACAGUCUCCCCAUAGGAAAGAAGAUUCUAGCUCCAUGGGUCAAUCUGACAUUUCACAAAAUUCUGCCUGCUAAAAAAGUCAGAGCAGAAGUAACUGUGUCCAAACUUCUGUCUCAGAAUGGAAAGCUCACAGAUUAUUCUCCAGAAGCCCCUCCAGGUGAAAUUGACUCCAUUUUUGUCUGUGCUGCUAACAACUGCAGUGGCCUGGGUUGUGCACCCCACAGCAGCACUCCAGCCCUUGCUUUCAGAUCCAGGCACAUCUCUGCCCUUUGUGCUUCUAAAACUGCCAGCCACUCCCAGUUCACAUAUGCGCCCCUGCAGCUCCAGGGACAGUAUCUCACCAAAUAUUACACAAGUUCUCCUGAUGUUUCCCAGCCUCCUUUGAAGUUAGGAUUGUAUGACUCAAUUGAGCCAAUGUGCCAUGAGGGUGAAUUAUUUGUUAUUACUGCCACUCGUAUGAACUGGCUCCAGCAUACCACUGCUAAGGUUGCUGGUCAAGAGGAAGAUCCAGGUUCUGUAGGUCCCAAACUAUAUAAAACUUGA